ACAGUUCGUAAGAAAAUUAGUUUACUCAAGAUGGCCGAACUUGACAAGUGGAUUGAAAUUGUUAAAGAUUGUAAAUAUCUUCCGGAAAACGAUUUAAAACAACUCUGUAAUAUAGUUUGUGAAAUUUUGCUCGAAGAAUCAAAUAUACAGCCUGUCAGCACUCCAGUCACAGUUUGUGGCGAUAUCCAUGGCCAGUUUUAUGAUUUGGAAGAGCUCUUUCGGACCGGUGGACAGGUUCCUGAUACAAACUAUGUUUUCAUGGGAGAUUUUGUGGAUCGUGGUUAUUACAGCUUGGAAACACUCACUAGAUUGCUAACACUUAAGGCCCGCUAUCCGGAUCGGAUCACUCUUCUGCGUGGAAACCAUGAAUCCCGUCAGAUAACUCGAGUCUAUGGAUUCUAUGAUGAGUGUUUUAGCAAAUAUGGCAAUGCAAAUGCAUGGAAGUAUUGCUGUAAGGUCUUUGAUCUGUUGACUAUUGCUGCUCUCAUAGAUGAAAAUAUUCUUUGUGUUCAUGGAGGCCUUAGUCCGGAAAUAAUCACACUCGACCAAAUUCGGACAAUUGAUCGGAACGAAGAGAUUCCAUAUAAAGGAGCGUUUUGUGAUCUAGUCUGGUCUGAUCCAGAAGACAUGGAUUUUUGGGAUCAAAGCCCACGUGGAGCUGGUUGGCUUUUUGGUUCAUUAGUUACCAAAGACUUUAUGAACAUCAACAAUUUAGAUUUGAUAUGUCGAGCUCAUCAACUUGUGCACGAAGGAAUAAAAUAUAUGUUUGAUGAGAAACUAGUGACUGUUUGGUCAGCGCCUAAUUAUUGUUACAGAUGUGGCAAUGUAGCUUCGAUAUUACGUUUUGAAACGUCCAAACAACGCCAAGCAAGUAUUUUUAAUGCAGUGCCAGAGACAGAUCGGGUCAUACCACAGCAAAAUACAACACCAUACUUUCUUUAAUUUAAUUCUUGUAAUAGUUCCGUGUAGUUUCAAAUAUUUAAAGCAAGAAUGGAAUUUAAGGUGAAACUAAUCUUAUGUGCUCUUUUAUUGUUUAAAGCUUGAUGAAAUACACAAAUAUAAUUUGUUAUAUUUUUAACCUA